GGCAUCAGAGACACACACACACACACAUAUAUAUCGCUUCUUCGACUUGUAGUUGGAACUCCUCCUUUCGAUCACAUAGAAGAGGGCAAGAGAUGCUUCAGUGCAUAUUUCUUCUGUCCGAUUCCGGAGAGGUCAUGCUGGAGAAACAACUUACUGGGCACCGCGUAGAUCGAUCUAUAUGUGCCUGGUUCUGGGAGCGCGUUUCGCAAGGUGAUUCCUUCAAGCAACUACCAGUGAUUGCAUCGCCGACGCAUUAUCUAUUCCAAGUUUUCCGGGAGGGAAUUACGUUUUUGGCGUGCACCCAAGUUGAAAUGCCACCAUUGAUGGGAAUUGAGUUCCUUUGUAGGGUAGCUGAUGUCCUCAAUGAUUAUCUUGGAGGGUUGAACGAAGACCUGAUAAAAGACAACUUCGUUAUUGUAUAUGAGCUGCUAGAUGAGAUGAUAGACAAUGGCUUCCCGCUAACUACUGAACCAAAUAUCCUUCAAGAAAUGAUAGCUCCCCCAAAUAUUGUUAGUAAAAUGUUGAGCGUUGUGACUGGCAGCAGUUCAAAUGUGAGCGACACCCUUCCAGGUGCAACGGCAUCUUGUGUUCCCUGGAGAACAGCUGACCCGAAGUAUGCAAAUAAUGAAGUUUAUGUAGAUCUUGUUGAGGAAAUGGAUGCUAUAAUAAGCAGGGAUGGUGCUCUGGUGAAAUGUGAGAUUAAUGGCGAAGUUCAAGUGAAUUCCCAUAUCACUGGUACACCUGAUUUGACUCUUUCAUUUGCAAAUCCUUCUAUUCUAGAUGAUGUGAGGUUCCAUCGAUGUGUUCGUUUUCGGCCUUGGGAGUCUCAUCAAAUUCUCUCAUUUGUGCCACCUGAUGGACAGUUUAAACUAAUGAAUUACAGGGUCAGAAAAUUGAAGAGCACCCCAAUAUAUGUGAAGCCACAGUUAACAUCAGAUGGGGGAACAUGUCGUGUUAAUGUAUUGGUUGGAAUACGAAAUGACCCUGGGAAGACAAUUGACUCAGUUACUGUUCAGUUUGUUCUUCCUCCUUGCAUCUCAUCAGCUGACCUCACUUCAAAUCACGGAACAGUAAACAUCCUUUCUGACAAGACAUGCACUUGGUCCAUUGGACGGAUCCCAAAAGAUAAAGCACCGUCAAUGUCUGGAACACUUGUGCUUGAGAAUGGAUUGGAGCGCCUCCAUGUUUUCCCAACAUUUCGCGUGGGUUUUAGGAUUAUGGGCGUUGCCCUCUCUGGUUUACAAAUAGAUAAACUGGAUCUGCAAAGCGUACCGUACCGUUUCUAUAAAGGCUUUCGAGCUCUGACGCGGGCAGGUGAAUUUGAAGUCAGGUCAUAAUUUACGUGUAACAAAAACCAUAAUGCAAGUGGAAUUUUCAGUUGGUUGGUUUUUCUUUUCAUUAUGAAAUAGGUUAAUUAUGAUUGUCUGAAAACGUUAAUAUCUCCAGUUUUGUUAAAUCGAGCAGUUAAUUCUUUUACGGAAUAAGAUUGUAGUACUUUUCUUCAUGGAAUCUCAGCAUCCAAUUAUGCUGUGUUUUCAA